AUGGCGAUUCCACUUUUCGUUCCUACGCAGUAUUCCCUACUCUGGCUACUGAAAAAACACGUUGCCCGAUGGUGUAUGAAAACAGGUGACGAGUCCAAUAUGGCCGAGUACUGUCAGUGUGCACUUGAACGAGUUCUGCGAGUUGGAUGUCGAGAAGCUGGGCCCAGUCGACUUGAGACCACUUCCGUUCUCACCAGAGAUCCCACCAGCACGAAAUUCCCGCAUUCGAUCUCGGUUCGACUGCCCAAUGGACAGUAUCAGGUGGUCGAAUUUGACGGAUCAACGGAAAUCGGGCAGUGUCUCUCCUCUUUGUGCCUGAAACUCGGAAUACGGCCUGCUUUACUAUCCGGCUAUGCUCUCUACAUCGAUGAUCCAACUACAAAAGGGCUACAACUUCUCAAAGGAAAGCAAAAGCUAUGCGAUUGCCUCUACGAAUGGGAGGUCCGAAUGAGAGAUGUGUUACGUGGGCGAGUCCCAACCGACUGCACAGCCACUCUUUCCUUGCGAAUGAGGCACUACUGGAGGCAUUUGACUUGUAAUGAGACCCCUAUGGAGCGAUCUUUCCUUGUGUGGCGGAUGGCCGAAGAGCUGGUAGACAGUCGUAUUCCAACAAGUCCCCCAGUUGGCUGA